AUGGCUCGUGGCAACCAGCGUGAUCUGGCUCGCGCCAAAAGGGAGAAGGAGAAGAGCAAAAUGAAGUCGGGCACAAACAAGUCUGGUACCCAGAUGCAGCAGGAGAAUGAGACCGCCGCUGAAAUUAUGCGACGAAAACAGGCAGCUUCCGAUGCGCGCAAGGCUGCCGCAGGCCUUGCAGGCAAGAAAUAG